AUGUCGGAGGUGACAGACUCUGCCAAAUUGGAAAGUAACGAAGACGUUAUGGGUGCCCCAGGCGCACAGUUCAGUCGUGGUUCAGUCAGCGGUGUGGGCGGCGACGACGACGAGGAUGACGAACCAUCGGGAGGUAAACAACAAAAGGAAAGAAGAAAAAUCGAAAUCAAAUUCAUCCAAGACAAGUCGCGCAGACACAUCACAUUUUCCAAGAGAAAGGCCGGUAUCAUGAAGAAGGCAUACGAGUUGUCUGUGUUGACCGGUACGCAGGUGUUGUUGUUGGUUGUGAGCGAGACCGGACUUGUUUACACCUUCACCACCCCCAAGUUGCAGCCGCUCGUGACCAAGUCCGAGGGUAAGAACUUGAUCCAGGCGUGCUUGAACGCUCCUGAAGAAGGUUUGGGUGACGACCAGGGCGACCAGAGCGACGGAAACUCGCAAGACUCCCCGGACCAAAGCCCAGCGCAGCCUCAGCCUCAGGCCGUGCCACACCCACAGGUGCCAGCACAGCACCAACAUCAGGCGGCGGCCCACCAGCAGCAGCAACAACAACAACAGUUGCCGCCAGCACACAUGCCACACGGCAUGCCGUACCAGGGUCAGGGCCAUCCACAGGGAGGGUUACCUAUGCCGCAGGCGGGCGGGUACAACGAUCCUUACCAGUUUUUCGGCAACAUGCCUAACGGGAACAUGCCCAACCCGCAGCAGUACCAGUAG